AAGAAGCGGAAGUGAUCGAAGCCUUUGUUCCGGGCAGCAUCGUGUUAGCAGUACGGACGUUUUGCUGCGAAAAUCAAAAGUUGGUAACGUCUGUUCUCGGCAUCGACAUGGUGAAAUUAUCAGCGGAGCUAAUUGAGCAGGCUGCUCAGUAUACGAACCCCGUGAGAGACAGAGAGUUGGAUUUACGAGGUUAUAAAAUCCCAGUACUUGAAAAUCUUGGAGCCACUCUGGACCAGUUUGACACUAUUGACUUCUCUGAUAAUGAAGUGAGAAAACUGGAUGGCUUCCCUCUGCUUAAAAGAUUAAAAACAUUGCUACUGAACAACAACAGGAUUUGUCGCAUAGGUGAGAAUCUGGAGCACUGUCUGCCGAGUCUGACAGAACUUGUUCUCACAAACAACAACAUUCAGGAGCUGGGGGACUUGGACCCACUGGCCACUGUGAAGUCAUUGACUCUUCUCAGCCUCUUAAGGAAUCCAGUGACAAACAAGAAGCAUUACAGGCUCUACGUCAUCAACAAAAUCCCACAGAUCCGUGUGCUUGACUUCCAGAAGGUAAAACUAAAGGAACGCCAGGAGGCGGAGAAAAUGUUCAAAGGCAAACGAGGUGCUCAACUUGCAAAGGAUAUUGCCAAGCGAACGAAAACAUUCACUCCUGGAGUGGCGGCACAGCUUGAGAAGAGGAGGACAGGGCCAUCUCAAGCCGACGUUGAAGCCGUCAAGAAUGCCAUUGCCAAUGCUUCAUCAUUGGCAGAGGUGGAGAGGUUGAAAGGGAUGCUGCAGGCCGGUCAGAUCCCAGGCCGGGAUGUCAGACAAGGUCAAGCUGGUAUGGUGGAGGAGGAAGAAGAGGACGACACUGAACAGAUGGACGCACAUAUGAGUGGAAGUGUGGAGAUGACUGAGGGAGAUCAGGAGGAGGGUGAUGAAGAUAUGGAUGAAGAGCCACAUGUUAAUGGCUCCUGAGUGCCCUGACUCUUUUUUUUGUUUGUUUGUUUUUUCCAAUGCUGUAGAUUUCUUGUGUUGAUACAUUUACCACAGCUGUUUUUUUGUUUUUGUUUUUUUUGUAAAAUGACAAACAUUAAACAGAUUUUUAAUACUUCUGUGAGUGGGACCACUUUCUUUAAACAGUCAGCUGAAUGGUGUCUACCUAUAUGGUCUGUAAAUGCCUUAGUUUUUUUUUUUUUUAAUCACUAGAAUGGGUCCCAAAUUCAAGCCAAUGGCGUCAUUCUGUUGCUGAUAGGUAAAUGCACAGCUUUCAUGUCAACAUUUUGUGGGGCAGGCUUUCUGUAUUUGUACAGUUGCACAUUUUUGUACUUAAGGGUCUGUUUGAAAUAAAAUAAUUGAUACUACAUUGAA